AUGCGACUCGCAAUCAGUAUCCUCUGUUUCUUUACUUUUCUGCUUCAGCUCACGCUGGGCCAAGUAACCGCAGACCCAUACAACCCAAGUCCUUUUUCCACUAUCGGAGUACUGCAAGCAGCAACUGUCAACAAUAUCUCCGACAUUCUUUCCGGCGGCACCCUCAGCGUCAAUGGCAUGAAUAUUAUCAUUCCUCGCAAUCUCCUCGUGACUCUUCCCUCUAUCACUGUCUCCUGGAGUGAGCUCUUCACUUCUGCCGGAGCCCUCGACCUCCCCCGCUUUGGCGUCACAGAAUGGGAAGUUUCGGUUAACGCCAACCGUAAAAAUGGCGUUUACAUUGCGGGCAUGGUUUACAUCUCCCAAAAGUUUGGCCACGCUGUUACCGGCUUUAUCACCGCGAUCGACUACGCUUCAGGAGUGAUGUAUGUGGGUGGUACUUGGCCCGAUGCGUCGAACCCGGUACCCACAGGGACGCGAGUCAUUAUCAAUGAUCCAGUCGGCAGGUUUGGGAGGGUAUAUAAUGCCUGGCGGUUGAUGACGGCGGAUACGGAUAAUCCGUCAAUUAGGGCAGCUACUGGCUUCCCGAUGUGCCUUCCUAGGACUAAUCCCGCCACGGAGCCGGAGGACCUCCUCUGCCCGUCUAAGAACCGUCCGAAGAACACAAAUAACAUCCCCUUGAGCGUCUACCAAUUCGAUGCCCCUCCGGUUGCAGCCGGUAGACCAGACCCAAACUUCUUUGCACCAUUCAUGGUGGGCGACUUCAUAACCUACAGCGGUGUCUAUGUCGACACCAACCUUGUCGCGGCCUAUUCUAUUGAGGCUAACCUCGGCUUCUACACCGCGCCUGGUACAAAGCCCGUCUACCUUGCCAUCACCGAGGCGCAAUAUGGUAUCGUUGGCAACCCCGCCGGCGAGUUCGCACAGACCCGAAUUGAGGGCUACACAACAGACCAAACACAAAACGUCGAGGUUUACGCUCUCGAUGUUGACCCAUGCACUGGCGUCACAACGGAGCGUCUUCUCUCAUCCGUCGUCCCCCGUCCAAACGGCCGUCGCGGGCAAUGGCGCUACCGCCCUACGCCUGAUAUCACGCCAUCUUCCAGGGAGGUCCUAGCAAGGGUACCGUCGGCAAGUAUGCUCAAUGGGAACAAUAUAACCGCUGGACAGUAUGUACAGCCAAUCAUGGAUGAUGGGUUUAUAUUCCCAGAGUUGGUGCUGUUUGGGAACCCAGAGGUUGUGUUUGAUUUUGAUGAAUUACCAUGGCUAGCGAAGGGUGCGGGGCCAUGGCUGGGCGGUAUCCCCGGAGCGGCGGAAGACCCAAGCGGUCCCAUUGUAGGGCGGUUGGAUCCAUGGCCAGGUGUUAGAGCCGAUGCAGCUCCUGUCUGCAAUAAUGUAGCCCCGGUAAUCCCGGUAGCUAACGCUGGUCCUGACAUGUCUGUCACCGGCGGACAAGUAGUAACCCUCAGUGGCCGCACCGACACCUCGAACCUCCCAGAGAAUACACUCACGUAUAAAUGGCUGCAGGCCAGUACUGGGACAGCGAUGGCACUUAGCUGUAGUACGGAUGGAAAGAUCUGUACGUUUACUGCGCCGGGUACGGCGACGAUUUUGGUAUUCCAGUUCACGGUCAGCAAUGCGGCUGGGAAUAGCAAGGAUAGUGCAACGGUUAACGUCGUGGCACCGUCACCGGACGUGAUAACUCUCGUCUCGCAAACUUACUCAAACAGGAGGGGUACCGGCACAUUGGUGAUCGAGGCUCGCAGCAGCGUGACCGAUGGGUCUUCUAUCCUGUCCUUGGGGAUUGUGAACCCAAACUACCCAUCUACCGCUAUGACGGCGUUGGGGAACGGUAGGUUCUCGAGCACGACUAGUGGUCUUGCCCGAAGACCGGCCUCAAUCAUCAUCACCUCGUCGAGAGGCAGCAGACUACAAGUAGCCGUCAAUUAA